AUGGAAAAGUCUUGCCAGAUUACAGACGUUGACCAACUUCAGUUGAAACUCUUUUCAAAAUAUAAAUUUCAGUUAUUUGCAUUUAUAUGUUUAGGAAUCACAUAUGCACGGGGCGCCUGGAAUGUGUUUGGUGUUUUAUUUUUGGCUGCUGACAGCGGCCAUAGCUGCGAUCCUCAUGUAGAAGGUAUUAUACAGUUUUCCAGCCAGGAGGUAGCAUCUCCUUACAGUUCCAGCCAAAAUUUUACUCUAGGUAAUACAUCAUCUUCAGGGGAAUAUGUUGGAGUGCAGAAAGGUGUUAUAUUCAAAGAGUGUGACAUUUUAGUUUUCUAUGAAAAUGGCACAAAUGCUUCAAGACCAUGUAAUUAUGGAUGGGUCUAUGACAGUGAGUUCAAGUCAACUAUUGUAUCUGAGUGGGACCUGGUGUGUGUUCGGGCUUACUUGGCUGAGCUGUCAACAACCCUGUACAUGGCUGGUUCCAUGAUAGGUGCCUUGCUGAUCACACCAAUGGCAGACAAGUUUGGCCGCCGGUUAGUUCUUUUAACAUGUCUAGUGUCACAGGCUGUACUGGGAGCUUGUGUUUCAUGGUCUCCAAGCUAUAUAGUGUUUACUGCCUUGAGGUUUAUCGUGGGAUUUUUUAAUAUGGGCAUUGCAUUGAGCACAUACGUAAUGAUGACAGAAAUAUUCCCUGCACAGCAUCGGACAAUACCCUGCUGCGGUUUCCAGAUCUUCUGGGCAUUCGGUAUAAUGCUGACCGCCUUGUUUGGUUUCUUGGUCAGAGACUGGCGGCACCUGCAGCUUAUCUUCUCUCUGCCCAACCUGCUGUGUGCUGCACUUAUUUGGUUUCUGCCAGAAUCGCUUCCAUGGCUGAUCUCACAGAAUAAACUAAAGAAAGCGCAGGCUGUUGUAGAAAGCAUAGCAAAGUUUAAUGGGAUAGACAUACCUACCAAUCUGCCAAAACCAGAAUCUCAGUCCCCAAAUGAGCAAAACUAUGAACCCCAGAACAAAUGUAAUAACACACAAGAAUGGGCAGAGCAGCCACUCCUUUCAGGUACACUGUCUCACCACGAGGCAGUACUCCUAUUGGCUGAAUUCACGACCCCUUCGGAGCUUCGCACUAUACCUGCUGGUGAUGGAGUCUACAGUAAGCAUGUACAACAUAAUGGACUACACUGUAGUGACUUGGGUGAUCCAACUUCAUACACACCCAGAUCUGGUAAUACUCCUGUAAAUACAGAAGUCCAAAUCACCAUCCAAAAGGAUUCUGGCUUGACAAACAAUACAGUGGAUGAGAAUGAUGCUCUUCCUGUCAGCAGUGUGUUUGUGCUGUGCUAUAGUUCAAGAAUGUGCCUUUACUCUGUGAUCAUUUUUUAUUUAUAUUUUGCAAACAGCCUCAGCUACUUUGGCAUUUCUUUGAGCACACCUGUGUUGCAUGGCAACCAGUUUUUGAAUCUCUUCCUGCUGGGCAUGGUGGAAGUACCAGCUUACAUCCUUUGCCUGCUUGUCUGUGAUAGGUUUGGCCGUAAAAUACCACUCUGCAUUUUUCUGCUGAUGUGUGGUGUGAUGAACAUUAUUGCUGUGCUCAUAACAGAGGAUGCAACUUCCGGACUGAGUCACCUACGUAUUGCAUGUGUCAUGGUUGGAAAAUUUGCAAUAACUGGUGGUUACACAACGGUUUACCUCUACUCAGCAGAAAUCUUUCCAACAUCUGUCAGGAACCAUGCGAUUGGAAUUUCAUCCUGCUUUGAAAAUUUUGGCAGUAUAGCAGCACCAUUUAUUGUGUUUUCUGCUAAAUCUGUUCCUGAACUACCAAUGAUAUUAUUUGGUGUGGUAUCAAUCAUUGGGGGAGCUUUGGUGAUUAUCAUGCCGGAGACACAGAGUCGGCCACUGCCACAGAAUGUUGAGGACGUGGAAUCAUGGGACUUCCCUAGACAUUAG